CUGAGAUUUCGCACGAACUCAUUUCAGCUUCUCGCAGCCGUCGGAACAGAAGAACAAAAAAAAGAGAAGUUAAUAAAUCAUGGGAAAGGUUCAUGGAUCUUUGGCUCGUGCCGGUAAGGUUAGAGGACAAACUCCAAAGGUUGCGAAGCAAGAUAAGAAAAAGAAGCCUAGAGGUCGUGCUCACAAGCGUUUGCAGCACAACCGCCGUUUCGUCACCGCCGUUGUUGGUUUCGGAAAGAAGAGAGGACCCAACUCUUCUGAGAAGUAGAAGAAGGUAGAAAAAGAUGCUGUCGUGAUACUUCUUAAGGUCAUUUGUAACUUUGAGGAAAUUGUAUCAUCUUUUGUUUUCUUGGGCACCGAACUAGUAUGUUUUGAUUCUAUGCAAUGAAAUACUGUUUUUUGU